UCGCCACUCAGAAUCUAUCCUAUAGUUUGGGCAAAUAUAAUAAGCAGCUGCGGCAGCUAUGGAGAGACUAGUACAUACAAACCCUAUCCCAAGUUCAACUAAGCAGCUCCAUCGACCUUUUCGACCUCGAUUAGAUUCUUACAAACCCACCACAAUUUUGUCUUCAAACCCCAACUUUGCUGCACUUGUCUCCUUGUCCAGCAAUCGCCCAUUUUCUCCCUUAGCUUCCACAUUUCAACAUUCUCAAACUCAACUCUCUGUUUUGCCACAUGGGUCGCCUCCAAAACCUCAUUCCAUACCCCAACCAUUUUCUAAGCAGAAAAAGGCAAUUGUGGCUCGGACUGUAAUACUGCUCUCAGCUACCUUGCUGCUGCUGAUCCAACCUUUAUUCAUGUCGCCAGCAUUUGCCUCAUUUCCUACUGCUGGUCCAGCUGCUGCUACAGUGGGUACUAGGUUAUUCCGAAAUGAAGUUUUGACUAGUGCUUGGACAGGUCUUUUUGCUGGUUGCUUACACACCCUAUCAGGACCUGAUCACCUAGCUGCUUUGGCACCACUCUCCAUCGGACGCACUCGGAUGGAAAGUGCUGCGGUUGGAGCUCUUUGGGGCUGUGGUCAUGAUGCCGGACAGGUGAUUUUCGGCUUGGUCUUUCUUCUCCUGAAAGAUCGCCUGCAGAUUGAAGUUAUUCGUACUUGGGGAACUCGAGUAGUUGGUUUAACUCUUCUUGUCAUUGGUGCAAUGGGAAUAAGGGAAGCUUCAGAAGUCCCUACCCCAUGUGUGGCCCUUGAAAAUGGGGAAUGUGAUGUUAGUGCCUACGAAGCCUUCGAGGAUCCCAAAACAGGGAAAAAGAAGAAGAUAGGUUUUGCAACUUUUGCUACAGGGAUUGUUCAUGGGUUGCAACCUGAUGCACUGAUGAUGGUCUUGCCUGCACUUGCUUUGCCUUCACGUGUGGCUGGUGCUGCGUUCUUGGGUAUGUUUUUGGUUGGAACCGUAAUUUCAAUGGGAAGCUACACAGUUUUUAUUGGAACAUGCAGCCAAGCACUAAAAGAUAGGAUCCCCAGAAUAACGGAAAAGCUCACCUGGGCUUCUUCCCUUAUAGCUAUUGCUUUAGGAUUAGGCAUAAUUAUAAGUCAAUAUUUCGGGUUUAGCCUCUACUGAUUCAUCUCAUCCAUCACCCCUCCUGCCCUGUGUUUUAUUAUUUAGUGAAAGGUUUUGGAAUGUAAAAGGCAUCCUAUCCUCUUUAUAGCUGGCAAAAAGUUUCUCUCGAUCCUCGCUGGUAUGGAAUUUUUUUAUAUUUAUUGACUCUUCUUAGUGGCAAUUUCUAAAUUUGUAAUUUUUUUUUUCUUUUUUACUAAAAUCUAAAUUUGUAAUAUUAUGUGGAGCAGACCAUUAGAUCUUUUGAAGUUAUUCUACUGAUUGGUGAUUUCUUCUGUUGUA